AUGUUUACCUACCUUCUAGCCCUCGUUCCGGUUCUCCUUUUCUUCUCCAACCCGAUUUCCCAGCUCUUCUCCUCCCCGCCGCCGCAGAUCCACCGGCUCCCGCGGCCGCAACUCAACGAAGACCUCUUGGCGCUCGAAUCACCAGGGAACCAGACCGCUUGCCCCCCGAAUCCGUAUACGGUCCAUGUCUUCUCCCGCGCGCCAUUGGUGCUCUAUAUCGAGAACUUCCUAUCACUAGAUGAACGCGCUCACCUACUAGAGAUAAGCGAACCGCUUUACGCCCCGUCGACGAUCACACACGACGCCGGGGGGACGACCCACCGGGACCCGGCGGUGCGCGACUCCGAGGUCGCGGUGGUGCCGCGGACCGGGGCGGUGCGCUGCGUCGAGGAGCGGGCGCGCGCCCUGCAGGGGUGGCGCGACCAAGUGUGGCUCGAGCGGCUGCGGGUGCAGCGGUACCGCGCGGGCGGGCACUACGCCCACCACUUCGACUGGAGCACCGGCAGGGGCGGGUGGGGCCGCUGUCCCGAGUCCGGGGCUGAAUUUGGCGCGUCUGAGGGAGAGAAGGAAAAGGGAGUUGUGUUCAAGCCUCUGCCGGGAAAUGCCGUGUUCUGGGAAAACUUCAUGGCGGACGGGACGGGAAGGGGUUACGAAGAGACUUGGCACGCCGGUCUGCCCGUCAAGAAGGGGAUCAAAGUUGGGUUGAACAUCUGGAGUUGGGGCAGGAUCGAGUAG